AUGACAGAGGCAAGAGAUUUCACUCCUUCCCUCGUCCUAAACUGCGUCGUCGAUUCCUUCCUGUCUUACGCAACAGUGAUGUUAAACAUCGUCUUAAUAUUCGCGCUGAGAAGGACUUCAUCACUGCCAAAGACUCUAAAGGCAUUGAUCCUUAGCGUGGCUAUUUCUGAUCUUGGUGUGGGAUUACUUGCCCAGCCUUUGUACAUUGCUCGCAUGAUUAUGGACAUAAAAAACACUAACGACCAAGGAACUUAUAACAAAAUAGUUACAGCCAUAGGACGCACCCUUGCUUAUGCCUCAUUCUUCAGUGUCACUGCCAUCAGCGUUGACAGAUUCCUUGCUAUCCACCUUCACCUCAAACACCACGAACUUCUCACCUACCAAGAAAUUGUGACUUACAAGCGUGUUGUAGUUACAGUGAUCUUAAGCUGGAUUCUCAGUGCGUUCCUGGCUCUGAACGGUGUUUUACGCAGUCCAGAAUAUCCUUAUAACAUUGCAGGAGUAGCUGUGGCAAUGGCUUGUCUAUUGACCAUGGCUCUUAUCUAUUUCAAGAUUUACAUAGUCGUACGUCGCCACACCGUUCAAGUUCAUGCACAGCCAGCCCAAGCAGUGGCACCGAACGAAGAAAAUCGCUCAAAUUUCGAAAGACUGAGAAAAACAGCAGUUGGUACAUUUUACGUCUAUCUGUUGUUUCUGGCCUGCCAUUUACCAAUCGAUUUUGUGAUCCUGACCGGACGACAGAAGAAUAAGAUGGGAAGACAUUUGAUGAUUUACACUCACACGCUGUUA